CUGUGUGGCACGGAGUUCAACUUAGGCCACCCCUGGCUCCUUGGAGACCUGCAGCUCCUCCUGAAGAGGUGUGGGGUGGGGACAGGAGGUGGCAGAAUGGAGGAAUCCCAGGGAGGGGUCAAGGCAUUGGGGGCUGGAGUCACCGCCUGGAUCCACUGGGGGGUGAUUCCCCCACAGAUACAAAAGGGGAGAUCCUGCCCCGAGCAAGGACCUUCAUGAUGGCAGUGUGCUCGGCGGCAGCGAGCAGUCUGGGCAGGGACGAGCGGCACAACGAGGUGCUGCGGAGGAGCGGCGGGGCGCCGGUCCCAGAUACGGCUCCGCUGCUCGGCCGCAGCCUGGAGAAGGAAGGUGGCGGAGCGGCCUCCGGGGACGACCUCAGCGAACUGCCGAGAGUCGCUUUCCUGUCGAAGCCUCAAGGCCUGGUUACUCCCAAGAAAAAAGGGAACGGGAAUAAAAGAAGAAAAGGCAAAGGGCUGGGGAAGAAGAGAGACCCGUGCCUGCGGAAGUACAAGGAUUUCUGUAUCCACGGGGAAUGCAAAUACAUCCGCGAGCUGCGGGCUCCCUCCUGCAUAUGCCAGCCAGGCUAUCAUGGCGAGAGGUGCCACGGCCUCUUGCUGCCUGUGGAGCACCCCCCCAGCGCCUACGACCACACCACGGUGCUGGCCGUGGUCGCUGUCAUCCUGUCUUCCCUGUGUCUUGUCAUCAUUGCAGCUCUGCUGAUGCUCAAGUGUCACAAGAGAGGUGUCUACGAUGUAGAAAACGAAGAGAAAAUCAAGCUGGGCAUCACUGUGAACCACUGAGGAUGCCAGGUGCUGGUGAGGGGCCAGCACUUACGCACUUCUACCUCCGUGAAGAAGUGAGAGCUGCGGAGCCAGUGGUGCCCUGCAGGCAGCUCAGUAGCCUCUUCUGGGCUGAAGCAGGCUUGGGCCAGGUGCUGGCCAGUCAGGUGGCUGCACAGACAGAGAGACACUCCAGAGACUAUCUGUGCCCUGCAGGGUGUGAGGGGCUCCCCAGCAGCUCUCUCUGCCCUGUGGUGCAUGCUGAGGAACAAACUGUGAAAGGAGAGGAGUCUGGGCUCGGGGCUUUCUUAGGUGCAGGAGGGGUGGGAGGGUAACAGUUAUUUAACAAGAUGUUUUUCCUUUUAAAUUAUAUAUUUAUUUUAGAUAAACUGUACAUAGUAUUUAUAUUUAUUGUAAAUCUGGCCCUGCAGCCUUCACGUAGGCUAAGGUGGCAGGGUCAGGCCUCCCUUAUUUUUUAAGUGCAAUGCAAUAUUCUAAUAAAUAACACCUUUGUUACAAA